UUAUUAUAAAUGUUAAAUGUUCUCGGAUCAUGAUGAAGACUUCUCUUUCGACGAUGAUCUUGAGUACAGUAACUCUGAAACCAGUGAUACUCAUCAGCAAGAAAGAAGAUACAACAUCGUGGCGGCAUCGGACGUUAUCAGCGAGAUGAACAAAUAUAUAGACAGAGUUAAUGAAAUAUUUAAAAUAAAAAGAUCGUUAGUUCGUCGACUGUUAGUUCACUUCAAGUGGAACCCUGAACGACUUAUUGAAAAGUAUUACGAGAGUCAGGACAACUGUGAGGAAUUGUUCAGAGAGGCUGGUCUUGUGUACGUUCCUGAGUGCACCGACACAUACCGUAGACAGGUAGAUUAUUAA